AUGUAUAAGCCCCCGCCCACCCCAUCUAGUGGUCAAACAUUGUUAAACUUUCAAACAAAGGAUUCAUCAGGAGAAUAUUGGAAAUUUGAGCAAGAGGUAGUUAGGAGAGUUUUAGUUAAGAUGAUAAUUGUAGAUGAACUACCAUUUAGCUUCGUAGAAAAUGAAGGCUUUAAGAAGUUUAUGAGUAUAGCCAAACCUUUGUUUCGGAUUCCUUCUCGUAGAAUAAUAACAAGAGAUUGCUAUGAUGUUUAUGGUGAAUUGAGACUAAGCUUGAAGAAGUCUUUUGGAGAAAUCCAACCAAGAGUCUAUCUUACAAUAGACGUGUGGAUAUUGGUGCAAAGGAUUAACUAUAUGUGUUUGACUGCUCACUUUAUUGAUGGAGAUUGGGUACUUCAUAAAAGAAUUUUGAACUUUUGCCCUAUCACUAGUCAUAAAGGUGAGCAUUUGUCGGAGUGUAUUAGUAAUUGCUUGCUUGAUUGGAAAUUGGACAAUGUGUUCACUGUUACUGUUGACAGUGCUUCUUCAAAUAAUGUUGCAGUUUCCGCAUUGUCUAAGAAGCUAGAUAUGUGGGGAACAAAUGUGAUGGAUGGUAAACAUCUCCAUGUAAGAUGUAUGGCUCAUAUACUUAAUCUAAUUGUGCAAGAUGGUUUGAAAGAAAUUGGUCCUUCUAUCAAAAUGGUAAGUCAAAUGAUUAAGUAUGUCAGAUCCUCUCCUGCAAAAACAAGAAACUUCACAAAAUAUUGUGAAAUGCAAAAGAUUGAAUGUUCGAAAAUGUUGUCAUUAGACGUGCCUACUAGAUGGAAUUUCACCUAUUUAAUGUUGGAGACAGCAGAAAAAAUUGAGAAAGCUUUUGACAGGUUCGAUCUUUAUGAUGACAACUUUAAUUCUUAUCUUUCUACUAAUGUUUGUGAAGAUGGUAGUGUUGCAGGUUCACGGUAUGUCACUUGUAAUGUACAUUUUGAGGAUAUUUGUGAACUUGACUCUUAUUUGAAAGAGUGUAUGACAAGUGAUGAUGUUGAGUUGUGUAAAAUAGCUAUGGGGAUGAAAGAAAAGUUCAAGAAUUAUUGGGGGACUCCUAAAAAGAUAAAUAAAAUGAUUUUUAUUGCUUCUAUGUUAGAUCCUCGUAAUAAAUUUGAGUAUGUUAGCUUUUCUCUUGAAGAGCUAUUGGAGAUAGAAAUGGGAAAGAAAGUAAGUCAUGAAGUAGAAACUUAUUUGAAGAACUUAUUUGUUUUCUAUGUUAGGAAGUAUUCAAAAGGUUCUAAAAAUAAUUCAUCUUCAUCUGGAUACACUUCAUCUGACUUGUCUGGAUCUGAUUCAUCUAAAUCUGGUGUUCCUCAAAGUUUGAACACAAAUACUUUGAGAAAUAAGCUUUACAUGAAGAAAAAGGCAAGAGAUUAUGGUAUUAUCGGGGGUACUAAAUCGGAGCUAGAUAAAUACCUUGGUGAAGAUCAAGAGCCUGUGCCCGAGCCUGGAUACAAAUUUGAAUAUGAGGAUUUUGAUAUCUUAAAUUGGUGGAAAGUUAAUUCUCCUAGAUUUCCUAUCCUUUCACUACUGGCUCGUGAUGUAUUGGCUAUUCCAAUGUCAAGUGUGGGUCAAGUGAUGCCUCCUAAAUCCAAAGCUCACUCGGCUAUUUGGGAGCAUUAUGAGAAUGGACUAAUGGUUGUUAAUGCCUAUUUGAUGUAUGUAUUUGGCCUAUUGAGUAUUGCCUAUUUCUAUAAACUGCAGACAAGGUUGAGGUCUGAAGGUGGAAUCAUGGCACUGUUAGGAAUGGUGAGAUGUAGACAUCCAGACCUUCUGUCUCAAGUUGGUAGGGGAAUUACAAAUUUUUCAAAGUACAAGUCGAGAGUUUCAACUCAAGAGAUCUAUACAAGAGAUAUGAUCAGUGGGGGUGCCCUUUGGGAGCUAAUUCAUAUUUCACGUGAUUACUCUCGAGAUGACAUAAGGUCUCUUGCACGUCAAACUCUUUCAAGUCUGACUUCCCAAGGUUAA